AACGGUUCGAGUCGGUAGUCGGUAGUCGGUAGUCAAUAGUCGGGUAGACACUAGCUGUAGACACUAUAUAUAAUGUGAUUGCCAUCGGCAUCUGUGAAGACUGUGAAAAACAUCUGUAGCACAGAUCGCAUCUGUAUCCGUAUCGUAUCUAUUGAAUCACCUCAAUACUCGAGCACAGCCCCAUUAGCGCAGUGGACAGUGGCGAGUGGGGAUCGUUCGGAACGGAACAAUGCGUGUGUUUGUCGCUCUGUGGCUGCUCGUCACGCUGGUCAGCACAGCUCUGGCGAUUACCUGCUUCGAAUGCGAUUCCGUGAACGAGCCUGGGUGUGGGGAGAGCUUCUCGGGCGAUGACAUAGCCAAGACGGAUUGUAAUGCCGUCGAAGUCCUGGGCGACAUGCGAUCCUACAACCCCCAGGGCGUGGAACCCACUUGCCUGACCAAGUACUAUGAGGGUAUGCCUGGAAGUUCGCGUUUCGUUCGGCGCUCUUGCUUCUUUGGCGAUUCCUCGCCGGCGGGCUUCAGCUGCGAUGAGUCCCCGGAUCCGUUGGUGCCCUAUCAGAGCUUCCUCGGCUGUACCCUCUGCAACAGCGAUCUAUGUAAUGCAGCCGGAUACAGUGUCCCCUCCAUGCUGCUAUCUUUUGUUUUCUGUGCGUAUGGCUUACUAUUGUUUCUCGCAAAUUAAUCAGAAAAAGGAGAAAAAAAAA